AUGGCUUCGAAGGCUGCUGCUAUUGACUUUAGCAAGAUUCUUGCUUCGGGUCUCGGCAAGGAGACGACGGCGCAGCUUGUUGCCUUCCGCAAGCGCAGCGAUGAGGCUCGCCGCCUGCUGAACAGCCUGAAGUCUCAGCCUGCUACGGUUGACUUUGCGCACUACAAGAACGUGUUGAAGAACCAGUCUGUGGUCUCGCAGGCCGAGAAGAUCCUGAACGACUUCAAGCCGGUGACGUACGAUGUUUCGGCCCAGGUCAAGGCCAUUGAGUCGUUUGAGUCAGCUGCUGUGAAGCAGGCGCAGGAAAGCGCUACCAAGCUCGAGGCUGAGCUUAAGGAUCUCAAGGAGACCCUUAGCAACAUUGAGGGUGCUCGUCCGUUCGACCAGCUUACAACGGCGGAUGUUAUUGCUGCUCGCCCCGAGAUCGCCAAGACGGUGGAAGAGAUGGUCAAGAAGGGCAAGUGGACCCUGCCUGGCUACGACGAGAAGUUCGGCAGGCGUGUACUACAUACCGGUGGUCUGAGUGCGAUGCUGGCGGUGCCACAUGUGGCCGCUCCUCGACGUCACGUGCUAAGGAUGUCACCUAUCCCCCGCGGCCCGGAGGUCGAGCCACCCCAGCCUACAGUUUGUGGUCUCUUGCCUAGCAUGUCGACGAACAGCCUGUUUAGCGGUCCCUUUGGUGGCGGAACCGUACCAGCGGAUGAUGUGGAUGAUAAGUUUCCCUCUAUGCUGAAUCGUGACCGCCGUACGUCUGUGUCGGCAGAAAGUAUGAUGACGACACCCUCCGAAAUAAAAGAAACAGAGUGUCACCCCAAGACGAAAGACCAAUCUGAGCGUUUGUACGCAUCGUUGGGAGACAAUGUGAUUUUCCGCCAGCUCGAGUCGGAACAGAAAGAGGAUGUGAUUUCAGCUAUGCGUGAAUGGCCUGUGAAGAAGGGGGACAUUGUAAUUAAGCAGGGCGAUGACGGAGACUAUUGCUAUUUCAUCGAGACAGGUAGUCUCGAUGUGUUCAUCCAACCGCCUGGUACGCCAGCGCAUGAAGCACUGGCAGCACCCAGUGACCAACUUGGUCAAAAAGUGCUAAGUUACGGCCCUGGAGCGCUCUUUGGUGAGCUUGCGUUGCUCUACCUCCAACCUCGUGCUGCCUCAGUCGUGGCUACAUCUGAUUGCACAUUGUGGGCUCUAGAUCGCGUGACAUUUCGUUCGAUUCUAGCACACUCUGACCGAAAACGCCGCUUGAUGCUUGAUUCGUUCUUGCGUCAAGUACCUUUGCUGCAAUCGUUGCGGGAUGACGAGCGUGCUCGUGUGUCUGAUGCCAUUGAUGUGGUAGAAUACAACACGGGCGAUGUGAUUAUUCGUGAAGGCGAUAUUGGCACUAAGUUCUACAUGGUUGUCAAUGGUGUUGCCGAGGUGAUUAAGGCGGGCGAUGAAGCACACCCUGUAUCGAUGUUGCAGCGUGGUGACUACUUUGGCGAGCUGGCGCUCUUGCAUCGCGCACCACGCGCUGCUACAGUAGUGGCCAGUAAGCACUCGCCCCUCUCCAAGCUCCGCGUGGCGGUGCUGGAGGAGGAUGCUUUCACGCGUUUACUCGGUCCCCUCAAAGAUAUUAUGAACCGUCACGCAGAGACUCAUUAUGGCACGACGACUUCUACGAUGCACAGUGCAUCGUCUGAUUCAUCGCAGCCCCCAGGCUCGCCCAAAUCCAAAGCUCACUAA